CUCGUCGCUGUGCCGCGGUCUGUGUGGCCCGAACGGCUGCCGAGGUGCUCGCCAUGGCGACGUUCAUCUCGGUACAGCUGAAAAAGACCUCGGAGGUGGACCUGGCCAAGCCGCUGGUGAAGUUCAUCCAGCAGACGUACCCGAGUGGCGGGGAGGAGCAGGCCCAGUACUGCCGCGCGGCGGAGGAGCUCAGCAAGCUGCGCCGCGCCGCUCUCGGCCGCCCGCUGGACAAGCACGAGGGCGCGCUCGAGACGCUCCUGAGAUAUUAUGAUCAGAUCUGUUCCAUUGAACCCAAAUUCCCAUUUUCUGAAAAUCAGAUCUGCUUGACAUUUACCUGGAAGGAUGCUUUUGAUAAAGGAUCACUUUUUGGAGGAUCUGUAAAGUUGGCUCUUGCAAGCUUAGGAUAUGAAAAGAGCUGUGUGUUGUUCAAUUGUGCAGCCUUAGCUAGCCAGAUUGCGGCAGAACAGAACCUGGAUAAUGAUGAAGGAUUGAAAAUCGCUGCUAAGCAUUACCAGUUUGCUAGUGGUGCCUUUUUACAUAUUAAAGAGACAGUUUUAUCUGCCUUAAAUCGAGAGCCUACUGUGGACAUAUCUCCGGAUACUGUUGGGACCCUCAGUCUUAUUAUGCUGGCACAGGCCCAAGAAGUAUUUUUUUUAAAAGCCACAAGAGAUAAAAUGAAAGAUGCCAUCAUAGCUAAAUUGGCUAAUCAGGCUGCAGAUUAUUUUGGUGAUGCUUUUAAACAGUGUCAAUACAAAGAUACUCUCCCCAAGUAUUUUUAUUUCCAGGAGGUGUUCCCUGUCUUGGCUGCAAAGCACUGUAUCAUGCAGGCCAAUGCUGAGUACCACCAGUCUAUCCUGGCAAAACAGCAGAAGAAAUUUGGGGAAGAGAUUGCAAGGUUACAGCACGCAGCAGAAUUGAUUAAAACAGUGGCGUCUCGCUAUGAUGAAUAUGUCAAUGUGAAGGAAUUUUCUGACAAAAUCAACCGUGCCCUUACUGCAGCAAAGAAAGACAAUGACUUCAUUUAUCAUGAUCGAGUUCCAGACCUUAAAGAUCUAGACCCUAUUGGCAAAGCCACACUUGUGAAAUCUACCCCAGUCAAUGUGCCCAUCAGCCAGAAAUUCACUGAUCUGUUUGAGAAGAUGGUUCCUGUGUCAGUGCAGCAGGCUUUGGCUGCCUAUAAUCAGAGGAAAGCUGAUUUAGUUAACAGAUCAAUUGCUCAAAUGAGAGAAGCCACCACUUUGGCAAAUGGGGUGUUAGCUUCCCUUAAUCUUCCAGCAGCAAUUGAAGAUGUGUCUGGAGACACUGUACCUCAGUCUAUAUUGACUAAGUCCGCAUCUGUGGUUGAACAGGGUGGUAUCCAGACUGUUGAUCAGUUGAUCAAAGAGCUACCUGAACUACUACAAAGAAAUAGAGAAAUCCUAGAUGAGUCAUUAAGAUUGUUGGAUGAAGAAGAAGCAACUGACAAUGAUUUAAGAGCAAAAUUCAAAGAACGCUGGCAAAGGACACCAUCCAGUGAACUCUACAAGCCUUUAAGAGCAGAGGGAACCAAUUUCAGAACAGUUUUGGAUAAGGCUGUGCAAGCAGAUGGACAAGUGAAAGAACGUUAUCAGUCUCACCGUGACACGAUUGCACUUCUGUGUAAGCCAGAGCCUGAGCUGAAUGCUGCCAUCCCCUCUGCUAACCCAGCAAAGACCAUGCAGGGCAGUGAGGUUGUAAAUGUCUUAAAAUCCUUAUUGACAAAUCUUGAUGAAGUAAAGAAGGAAAGAGAGGGGCUGGAGAAUGACCUGAAAUCUGUGAAUUUUGACAUGACAAGCAAGUUUUUGACUGCUCUGGCUCAAGAUGGUGUGAUAAAUGAAGAAGCUCUUUCUGUUACUGAACUGGAUCGAAUCUAUGGAGGUCUUACAGCCAAAGUCCAAGAAUCUCUAAAGAAACAGGAAGAACUUCUUAAAAAUAUUCAGGUCUCACACCAGGAAUUUUCGAAAAUGAAACAAUCUAACAAUGAAGCUAACUUACGAGAAGAAGUUUUGAAGAAUUUAGCUACUGCAUAUGACAACUUUGUUGAACUUGUAGCUAAUUUAAAGGAGGGCACAAAGUUUUACAAUGAGCUGACUGAGAUCCUAGUCAGGUUCCAGAACAAAUGCAGUGAUAUAGUGUUUGCACGGAAGACAGAAAGAGACGAACUCUUAAAGGACUUGCAACAAAGCAUUGCCAGAGAACCUAGUGCUCCUUCAAUUCCUACACCUGCAUAUCAGUCAUCUCCAGCAGGGGGACAUGCGCCAGCUCCUCCAACUCCAGCGCCAAGAACCAUGCCGCCGAGUAAGCCCCAGCCUCCAGCCCGGCCUCCACCUCCUGUGCUUCCUGCAAAUCGAGCUCCUUCUGCUUCUGCUCCAGCUCCAGUGGGGACUGGGAGCGCUGCAGCAGCUCCAUCACAAACUCCUGGUUCAGCUCCGCCUCCACAGGCCCAGGGACCCCCAUAUCCUACCUAUCCAGGAUAUGCCGGGUAUUGCCAAAUGCCCAUGCCCAUGGGCUAUAAUCCUUACGCAUACGGCCAGUAUAAUAUGCCAUAUCCGCCAGUGUAUCACCAGAGCCCUGGACAGGCUCCAUACCCGGGACCCCAGCAGCCUUCAUACCCCUUCCCUCAGCCCCCACAGCAGUCUUACUAUCCACAGCAGUAAUAUGUCACCUCAGAAGCUCAGCUCGUUCAGUUCAAAGGGGAAGAAAUACCAAUCCUGCAAUAAGUGUACUAAACUCUAUGCUCUGGUUAAUAUAAUGUCCUCUCCUGUACUGAAUGCAGUGUAUAAUUUCUUUCUGUGGCUAAAAGCUGUGCCUCGGUUCCACAUUUGAUUGCACAUGUGAGAUUUGCUGCUGUUGCAGUAUAAACACUAGGUAUAAUAGGAUUUGAAAUAAAUUACAUUACACUUCAUAAAAGUUGAAAAUGAGAAACCCACAAGUGAAAUGUUUGAAAUUAUUAUACUUAUGUCUACACAAGACGUGAUUGGGACAUCAGCUACUUUAAUGAUGGUGUAAGUACUGAUAUUCAAGAAAACUAAGUUUUCUUUCUCUUUUGGUUUAUUGAUUUGGUUUAAUUUCCAUUAUGCUAUUUUGCAUAAUCAAAGCAUUGUAAAUCUUAUAAUUUAAAAAUAAAUUACUUAAGAACAGUUGUCAUUGUUAUGUUUUGUCAUUGAUUCUCAUUACUGUCUAAUUUCUUUCUGGUAUUAGUCUCUCAUUUUAUAUGUAUAUAAGUUAAACAGAUACUGUGUUUAAGUGCAUGAUUAGUGUAAGUUAAUAGUCAGGUUCAAGUACAUUUUAUAGGAAAACCAAAAGAAUAGUACCAUAAUUUAUCUUUUAUAAGCUGAUUAGUAAAUUAAUUUUGACGUUUAUUUUGGAAAGUCCUAUAAUGUGGAAGAAACACAAGUGCUACCAAAGAUUCUUCAAAUAAAUAUACAAAUAAAUAUGUAUAUUUAAUGUUUUAUUAUUAGAUUCUCUAAGAAAUUGAUACAAAUUCUGAUAAUUUUUUUUCAUAACCUGGUUAAAAUGAAUACGUCAUUGACAAUACUGUCUAAUGUAAUGCAAUUAUUUAACGAAAAUUUACUGUACCCUUCUAUUCCUUUUUUCCACCUUACUGUCUUAACUUAGUAACAUUCAAUGGACAAUGUACAUCAAUAGAUCUAAGCCCUUUCAUUUUUAUGCUCCUAAAAGAUUGGACUAUUUUAUAAUUCAGGGAGUGCACAAAACAUUGUUGGGUGCAUAUGCCAAUUGUGGAAUAGGCUGUGUAUUUAAUAUUAAUCUCUGCUGUUAGGGUAACUAAUUACUGUAUAAACCUCAGUGAAAAUAGUGAGGCAUCAUCAUGGUAUGAGAAAAUGAGAAGGGAAUGAGUUGUCUGAUAUCACAGUGGGAUCUGUUCUGUGUAAGGUUCAUUUCUGAACACAUCAGGCAUAUGAACAGAUUUCCAAUGAAUCUGUGUUUAUUUUCUGUUCUAAUGCUGACCUUUUAUUGUUUCAUUUAAAUAAUACUGUCACUUGAUCCACUUUGUUUUCUUUGAAAGCUGCGUUUAUAUUUUGAAUGUUGGGCUGAAGGUGUGAUUGUAAAAGGGAGUGAAUUGGUUUAAAAAUAUAUGUAUAUUUUUAAAAAAUCUUACUUUGUCGUUGUAUGUAGAAAACACGAAGGCAUGUUACUUCAACAUAAAUGACCUUUACGUAGGAUAUUGAAAUUGGUUUAAAGUCCAAUAGUUAAAACCUUGGCAAAAAUAGUUUUUUACAUAUCAUAGCUAAGUUUUAUUAAUGUGGAAUCAUCAAAGUAUGACAUGGGCUUGUUUGACUCUUAUGUAAAUGGCAUUUAAGGUCUACAUUCUUAUUACUCAAGAUAUCAUAUGCUAACAUAAGAUACUCAGUGAGAGUUAGGGUUAUUCCAAAUUGCUAGUUUAUAAUUCUUACGAAUACAGAAAAAACAAAAUUGGCCUGAAUAUUCUCUUGGGGAAAGAAGAUGCUAAAGAAAAGAGUAAGUGCAUCAGAGGGCCAAAAGAGAAGUUAUAAGGCCAUUUAGCCCAUUCUCUGUGCUAAGCUAGGCCUGGUCCCAGAGAGCCACAGGAAGAUGGUUCAGCAGCUUUAGGAAAGGAGGCUCCACAGCCCCAUGUGGCAGCCUCUUUCAGCAUGCCUGACUCGCUCAACUCUGUUAGCAAAGCCUUUUUAUGCAGCAACCCAGACCCAUUUUCUCUUGUCAGUUCACUCAUCCUUUAGAUAAUUGAGGAUACUUUCUUUUGGUCACUUGUGUCUAGGUACAGAUGACCUAGUUUCUGCAGCUCUUCGUUGCUGGCUCUGUCUUCAUAGGCCUAUCUAGUUUCGUUAAAAUAGUUCAUGGAAGGAGGUUUCUCAUGUCUAUUUUGCAUUAAGCAAAUAAGAAGGAAGCCCUCACUGGGAUUGUUUUUGUUAUCAAACUUUUUAUUCUUUGCUUAACUUCCUGUAUUCUACAAAAUACCAUAAAAAGUUGUCAUGAAUAAUACUGUUUAUUUAGAGAUAGGAGAGUGUCACUCUGGUUCAGGUAUGUUGUACUUAUGUUUAUAAUUAGGCUUUUUGAUUAUCUUCUUAAACUAAGGAAAGGAAACCAUUCCCAGACUAUUUAUGUUGGGCUUUGGAAUACUAUUUUUAAAUGGACUAGGCUUCAAGUAAUGAAGCUCUGUUUAGAGGAACUGGUCAGAAGUGGGGGAAAAACUGUCUCACUUCUCUUAUUUCUUGUUCCUAGUUGGAGACAGAUGAUUUGACUUCUCAGUCUGGUGUGAAGUAUUGGUCUGUUACUAUGCCCCUUGGUCUUUAUUCUCAGUUAAGAAAAGCAGUCAUAUGUCACUGCAAACCACUCAAUGUUUUUAAGAUAUCCCUGUACCCAUACCCCCAACUUCUUUGCAAUUUAUAAUCUCCCCCUCCCCAAAUCUAACUAGUUACAGAAAAAAGGAACAAGAUUUCGCAGAGCCUUCUGUCCCUGAUGUUCUAUCCCUGUCAGCAGCCUUUCUAGUCAAAACAGAUUUAAAAAAUGUUUUCCAUUAGAGUUUUACAGUUUGCAAAAGUGCUUUGUACACAUUUUCGAAUUUCAUAAACAUAAUAAAAAGCAAUUUGUUAGGUAGGUUUCAGUUAAUGAAAUUCUAAUUUUUUAGUAGUCAGUGUAUCUUGAAGAAUCUUGCUACAACUUAAUGACAUCUCUUUUUUUUAACACUUCAGCAAUUAUUGGUUGAUUCACAGUACAGAACAGGAUACAAAGUAGGAAAAAAACAGUGCUAUAGUGUUAUAAUUACUAAUUUAAAAAUAGACUUUAGAACUAAAUGGUUGAUUAUAAGAUUUAUGGAAGAGCAAAGAAGGAAAAACUAUAUUUUUAAAGAAAAAGAGAAUAUUCAGGCUUUAUUUCUGGUAAGAAGUUUAUAUUUUUUAAAAAAUCCUAUAUUAUCACGCCAGAGAUUUUAAAUUCUUUUCUGGUUACAAACAUUGCUGGUAGUUGGAUUAUAUUUUUAUUGUAUUCAUUUCUCUUAGGGGAAAAUUGUAAAGAAACAAAAAGGUUCCAGAUGAAUGUAUCCUAGAAAUAAAAGUUGAAAGAUUCUUA